CUUUGAUCGGUCCCUUUUGUUUUAUCGUUUUAGGGUUUGUAGCUCCUUUCUCUUUUUUUCUUUUCUCAAUUUCCCCCAAAUUAAAAAAAAACUCUCUCUUUCAGAGAUUUACAAAUUUCAUUUCUCCAAAUCCGAAACCCCAAAGUGAAUAUUUUUCCUUCUGGGUUUCUUUUGUUUGCCUGGAAACAUUUGUCUCAGAUUUUGAUUUUGACCGGAGUACUCAUAUUCUCCGGCGAUUUCUCCGGCGACAUCGUUUGUGAAAUGGAGGGAAUUACUCAUCCAAUACCUCGUACUGUUGAAGAGGUCUUUAGCGACUUCAGAGGUCGACGAGCUGGUCUUAUUAAAGCUCUCACUAAUGAUAUGGUGAAGUUUUACCAAACGUGUGAUCCUGAGAAGGAGAAUUUGUGUCUCUAUGGACUUCCAAAUGAGACAUGGGAGGUUAAUCUACCCGUUGAGGAAGUUCCUCCUGAGCUUCCUGAACCAGCUUUAGGCAUCAAUUUCGCUAGAGACGGAAUGCAAGAAAAGGACUGGGUAUCUUUGGUCGCAGUUCACAGUGAUUCAUGGCUGCUUUCUGUUGCAUUUUACUUUGGUGCACGUUUCGGAUUUGGCAAGAAUGAGAGGAAGAGGCUGUUCCAGAUGAUUAAUGAGCUGCCAACCAUUUUCGAAGUUGUGAGCGGCAAUGCAAAGCAGUCCAAGGAUCUAUCUGUUAACAACAAUAAUAGCAAAAGCAAACCUAGUGGCGUCAAGGUAUCUCUUCUGUUUCACCAUUUUGUUUUAUCAAUCUCUGCUAAGUUUUAUCUCUUUGUAUUCCUCACAAACAGUCUCGCCAAUCCGAAUCUCUCUCAAAGGUUGCAAAGAUGUCAUCUCCACCGCCAAAAGAAGAAGAAGAAGAAGAAGAUGAGAGUGAAGAUGAGAGUGAAGACGAUGAACAAGGUGCGGUUUGUGGUGCUUGUGGAGACAACUACGGUACAGAUGAGUUCUGGAUUUGCUGCGACGCGUGUGAGAAAUGGUUCCAUGGAAAAUGUGUGAAGAUAACACCUGCAAAAGCAGAACACAUCAAGCAUUACAAAUGCCCAACUUGCAGUAACAAGAGAGCUAGACCUUGAAGUUAAAUAACCAAAUUAUGAAAAGGUAAAGCGAGUUAGGAGAAAAUUAUGAAAGAAGAAGGUGAAGUUUCCAGUUUAUAAGAAAUGCCAGUAAAAGGGACUUAGAAGAUGUAAGCAGGUAAAAAAAAAAAUUGUAUUGCUUAGUCUUUAUUGUUGGAUUGAGACUAUCUACAGUUGGUGAUGUCUUUUCUUUUCUUUUUUUGGAUUUUUGUUGUUGUUAAUGUUAAUUCUACUACUAAUUUGUUUGGUCUGUUUAAGAUAUUUUAGUUCUGAUUAGUAAUUUUUUUUUUUUUUUUCUGAUUAGUAAUUUGCUAAAAUUGUAAAAACUAUUAUGUCGUUAUGUAGUCUUUUUAUUCAUCUUUUA